AUGAAACAAACAUGGCUUGAUCGUGUUCUGAGUCAAAAGUUUUUUUUAUAUACGUUUGUUGGACUUGUUACAUUAGCAGUUACUUUUCACUUAUGGUCAUCUUAUGGAAUUACACCAGAUCAAUGGACUGAUGAUAUAUUGAAAGAUUGGUUGCGCAAAAAUCAUAUUUCUUUUGAAGAAACGGAUGAUAGAGAGACGCUACUAAAAAAAGUAAAAAUGGUCAUAGGGAAUGUAUAA